AUGACCCUGGCAGCCUGCUCGUUACAGGAGGAGAACUUCCAGCCUCAUCAGGACCCAGCAGCCUCUUUCCUGGCCUCCUCCUCCUCAGCCUCACCUUGGAGAGAGCUACCAGGCUCCACAGGCACCAUUCCCCAGGGGUGUCCCUUCCAUAUCUUGAGCAAAAUGUUGGAGAUUGUGGGGAAGAGGAAGUUGGAGCCUGUGGAUACACAAGAACAUCAAAAAGAUGGUCCCAGCUGCACAUGGAUUUGGAGGUCUAUCAUCACCAUCUUCCUGAUCCUCAUUCUCGCCUUGGAAUUGAUGUCUACUUUGACCUUUAAGAGACCAACAAGACCUAGUGAGAAGCCAGGAAAAUGUCCACGGCAAAAUAUAACAUGUGAUUUUGUUGAAAAAGGCCAGUGUCACACAGAUUUCAACUGCAAGCAUUCCAUGAAGUGCUGCCAUUACAGCUGUGGGAAGAAAUGCUUGGACCCAAAGGCAGAUUUAUGCAUCCUGUCACCAGAAGUGGGCAACUGUGAUGACUUUCACUUACGCUGGUUCUACAGCAUAGAGGCACGUACCUGUGAAUAUUUCUUCUACAGUGGAUGCAACGGGAAUGUCAACAAUUUUCCCAGCAAGAAAAUCUGCGAGGACACCUGUGGUGGGACAGUCAGGAAAGGAUUUUGUCCACCCUUCCCCUUCAAAGGCAUUAGCAACUGUUCUGCGCCCUGUCAUAAAGACCCAGAGUGUCCUGAGACAUACAAAUGCUGUGAUUCUAGCUGUGGUUUGGUGUGUACCCCACCCUGGAAAGUUAAGCCCUGGGACUGUCCGCCUCAGCCAUCCUCUUGCAAGGCAAUUAAGAAACCCCUGUGUCAGAGAGACAGAGACUGUGAAUGGAACGAAAAGUGCUGUUCUGAUUGUGGUUUGAUGUGCAUUAAAA